AUGGUUGCGGAGGAUGCCCAUCAUUCCUGCCUUAGAUCUCUCUCACAACAAAUUCAGCGGACCUUGAAAAACCUUCCCAAUGGUGGAAAUGAUAAAGUGUAUACAUAUUCUCCUGAGCCUGCGUUACUUCUGGAAUAUAACCUUUUCAAUGGGUCAAUUCCAAGGUCAUUGUGCAGAAGAACAUAUUUAGUAGGACUUGAUUCCAAAAAUAUGUUCAGUGGGAAAAUUCCCAACUGUUUGGGGAAUCUGAAGGAUUUGACUAACAUGAUAUUAAGCUCAAAUCGGCUCUCCGGUGUCAUUCCAAGUUCAAUAGCUCUUAAUUCAUCAUUAUUUUGGUUAAGUUUGAAUGACAAUAACUUUAUUGGUGAACUUCCACGAGAAUUGGCGAAUCUACAACGUUUGCAAGUCUUAGAUGUGGGUGAUAAUAAGUUCUCUGGAAAUAUACCAAAAUGGAUUGGAGAAAAACUUAUAGAUUUGGUAGUUUUGAGGUUACACAAAAACAACUUCACCGGUAGAAUUCCUCGAUCUCUGUGCAAAAUUUCAACUCUUCAAAUUUUGGAUCUUGCAUACAACAACUUAACAGGGACCAUCGCCCGUUGUGUAGGAAAGUUAAAUGGCAUGGUUGAGAGUCACUCAAUACCUUUGUAUCAUUCCGCUUCCGAUUAUGAUAAGAAUGUGAUUCAGGGCAUGAAAGGUGUUGAUCUUGAAUAUACAACAAUUUGGGGUAUGGUUUAUAACAUGGAUCUUUCAAGCAACAAGCUUGUGGGAGAAAUACCGGUCGAGCUAACUGCACUUUCGAACAUGGCAGCUUUGCACUUUUUGAGCCAUUUGAAUUUGUCAUACAACAACUUGUCGGGUCAAAUUCCAACAGGAAAUCAACUGCAAACGCUUAAUGAUCCUUCAAUAUAUGCUGGGAACAAACAUCUAUGUGGGCCUCCAUUGCUAAACACUUGCUCAAAUCAUCAAGAUCCAACAACAACAAGAAGCAAGAAGAAACAUAAAGCAACUGAUGAGUGGAUGAAGAUAUGGUUGUUUUAUGGGGACAUAAUGAGUGGUUUUGUAACAGGGUUUUGGGGUGUUAUUGGAGUUGUGUUAUUCAAGAAGCAGUGGAGACAGAAGCUUUUCAUGUUUGCUGAGUUUGACAACAUCGCGCCGACCUAUCAUUGUUGGACCAUUGUCGCCGGUCCAUCGCCGCCUGUCCGUCGCCGCCAGUCCAUCGUCGCUCCAUCACAUCUCUCUCCAAGCAUUCAGAUACUCCGAGAUAAAGUGCCCUCCAUCGCUACAAUGGCGUUACAAAUUCAUCAUGUUUGCCGGCCGAUUCCGUCGCCGCCAUCAACUGGAUCACAGUCAUUACGGCCGACUAAACAGUUUACCAUCGGCAGAGACGUUCAGCGAUCCGUUGCUUCAACCAAGUCGGUCGAUAGUAAAACCAAAAAAUACUUGAGGUCUUCGGUGAAGGUGAGAUCUCGCUUAGAGAUGUCCGGUCCAACGGUCGUUGUAGGUUAG